AUGAAGUACACAUUCUUCACCAUUCUUUGGUGUGUCGUCGCACCGGUUAAUGGAGCACUUCACGCCUCUGCUCGCGCAGCCAACAAGUUCUUUUCUGGUCAUUCUGGAGUGCCAGAUUUCACGUUACGCCUGGGUUCCGACACGGCGAGAGUGUGCAAUAGUUCUACUCCGGGCACAUCAGGGUUUAUCGAGACCAAAACGGACGAGUCAUCUAUCUUCUUCUGGGCUUAUGAGAGCAAAAAUGAUCCCAAGAGAGAUCCGGUCAUUCUCUGGAUGACCGGGGGCCCAGGUGGAUCUUCAGCAGGUUAUGGAAAUUUGAUGGAACUGGGACCGUGUCGCAUUGCUCCUGAAGGUGGUUUCACUGUCGAGAAUGAGUUUGGCUGGAACGCCAAUGCGACGCUUCUUUUCGUUGACCAGCCCAUCACUGUAGGCUACUCCCAUGGGGCGCAUAUGCCGGUUGAUUUGGUUGAAUCCUCCAAGAUCAUGGACCAGUUUCUCCGCCAAUUCUUCGUCGCGUACCCCGAGCUUGCAGGUCUAGACUUUUACAUCGCAGGCGAGUCCUAUGGCGGAUCGUGGGUUCCCGCUCUGGCGAAUACCAUCUUGAAGACGCAAGCGAGUCUAGAUAAACCCAGACAGAGUCUGCAGGCACAGCCACCAAGGUAUCAGUUUCUCACAGGUCCCUCAAGCAACAUCCCUACCAAGCCCAAGAUCAACCUCAAAGGUAUAAUGGUAGGGAACGGUCUUGUUCGUCUCUCGGUGCAGAAUAGAGGUAGUUUCAUGACCGUAUGCUCGGGGCCAGAUAGUCUCUUCAACGCAUCGCAAUGCGAAGAGUGGGCUCCACGAGCCAUGUGGUGCGAGAACAAUCUCGGCAUUUGCGAGAGUAAGGGAAUGACUUCUCAGGUUUGCAAAGACGCACAAGACAAUUGCACCGCCAUAGCCGACGUUGUCAUUAACCAGAUGGGCAGAAACCCAUAUGACUACAGGCAACAUUGCAAAGGCCUUGAUGGAUGCUUUCCAGAAAUGGCACACAUAGACGAGUACCUGAAUCGUCACGACAUCAAGGAGGCUCUCGGAGUGCCGCAACAUGUGAACUACACAGGCCUGUCGUAUCCCGUCUUGGAACAAUGGGAGAAGAAUGGUGAUUUAUGGCGACGGAGCGAUAAUUAUGUCAAUUUCCUCCUGGAAGCGAACAUCCGCGUUCUAAUCUACGUCGGCGAUAAGGACUUGUACUCAAACGCUGCCGGUAUGCGACUACUUGUUGACCACGGCUUGAGCUGGCACGGGCAACCAUUGAUGCGCCUGAGGGAGCUGACCCCUUGGUACGAGGGAGCCAAUGUGGCUGGUCGAUGGAAGUCGUAUGAACCUCUUACCUUUGCUGAGAUUGCCGAGGCCGGGCAUUUGGCGCCAUUUGACAAGUCUCGAGAGUCGCUGACGCUGAUCAACUCGUGGAUACAAGGGAACAUACCUACCAAGUGA